AUGACUCUUUCCAUCACCCUCACCCUCCGCCUGAAUGGGCUUCAGGCAGACGUAUUUCACCAACCGGAACUAUGCAAUGAGGCUCACGAACUGGGGGUUCAAUUUUUGGAUAUGGUGGAGAUGGCCCGCGACUUUAGCUCAGCGCUUCACAAUCCCCGCCCACAAAAGUCAAGAAAUAACUUUUUGCGCUUCGUUUUCGAGCAAAGCCAUGAUCAUGAUCAGGAGGCAACGAACCGCAAGCUUAAGCUCCGGGCUUUGAACGGUAUAAGUCUUGUUCUCUGCGCCGCAACUUAUACGAAAAAUUCGAUACUUGGCUUCUCAAAGGGCCGUUUCAACAUACUCCUUGCACACUGCAGCAGCUUCCUGGGGAGUCCGGCAGUAGUUGCAUCCAAGCUGCCUUCCCAACUUAUCCAUACAUCACUUGCGGCUCCAAUCCAUGCUAUCGAUGAUGUUUCAUACCGGAGGUUCCGCAGUGAUUUGGGAAAACUCCAAACGGGCUUAGGGGCUACACAAGCCUCGAUUGACCUAGGUCUAAAACAAGAUCACGGUCUUUGUCGCAGGGAAUCAACUGCCUGGCCAAAGGAACAAGUGUCAGCUUUGCUCCAUGGGCCCCAAUGUAUUACUUUCUGUGUUGUUCUUCGCCAAAUUGCUCGACUCUGUAAAGAUUUUGAACGCACGAUACCCUGUUCAAUCCACACGAUCGAGGCUCUGGUGACCAUUUCCAAAUCUGGCUCCCUUGACGACAGUAUGCAACUUCUCGACACCGCUGCAGAUAUGCUCACGGACUUGGUACCAGUCUCGACGUGGGCAUCUGUCGUGCAUCGACGCAGCAUAGUCCUACGACUUCUUGGUGAUCCCCAGAGCUCCGAGCAGGAGUUGCAUACGUUUAUUCGGCGGUCACCUAAUUUACCAGGCCACCUUCUCAUACCUCUUCAACUGUCCCUAGCAAACAACCUUAUCUACCAACUGAAGUACACAGACGCUGCCCAGAUCGUGCGAGAAAUCCAAGUCACAAAGGAUCUCCAAGGCGACCAAGUUCAAUUGAUUUGGGAUCAGAUUUACUGUGUUGGUCGCGUUAUGAGGGGCCAAGGCGACUUCGAAAGUGCCAGAAUCUGCUUUGAGCAAUGUUUCAAAACCUAUGGUAUGCGGAAGUCCAAAAAGAUCAUUAUUCAGACAGCGCUGGCAGACCUUUAUUGCGAGUUAGACUACAAAUCUCAGGAUGAUCAACGCUAUCACCUGUUUCAAGCCAGGUCAUUGCUCGAGCCUGCCCUCGAAUCAGUUGGAGUAGCUAACUCAAAGAGCCGCCGGCGCCUCCUCUUGUCUUUGUCGGAGAUCAACCUUCGGGAAGGUCGACUUCAUGAGGCAAGGAAAUCAUUGGAGGAACUAUUAAUUCUCUAUGGUGGCAUGGACUCUUUCGAUGUCGUCGACCGACUUGGACACGUUCGUUCAUACAUCGCGUUAGCUCGCACGUACCCUGAUGGCCAAGCUGAGCCUCAGUGGAGGAAUGCUCUGCGUCUCAACGCAGAGUACAACCCAUCUGAGGAAGAAGUGUUCACUUGUGCCAUCAUUUAUUUGCACCUCAGCUGGCUCAGCUACUGCUCAGGGGAGUUGAAUGGAGCACAGAAUAUGUACGCAUGUGCAGGGAAGGUUCUCAACAGAAGAAGACCUGAGUAUUUAUUACCCGGAGUUGGCACGUAUGUUUUCGAUGAAAUCCAGUGUAAAUUACGUAAUGCAAAUUUGUGA